AUGGCGGACACAGAGGUGGAAAGGCUUACUCAAGCGAUAUGUUUAACACAAAAACUACGAACAAGCGUCACACGCGUGUUUUCCGAUUUGUCAGAUGGGUAUCAUAUAAGCCAAGGAAAUGAAAAAGCAUCCCUUAAUGAUUUACAAAAGGCGUUAUUGAAUGUAAAUGACAAUUACAGUGACUUGGAAAAACUUGUCCCUAACCUGAACAGCGUGAAUAUCACCGCCCCAAACAGUGCUCUGCCAGGUAUUGAUCCUGUGUAUGAUAAAACAGCAAUUUAUUCACAGAUCACCCAUGCUCACAAGUGGACAAAUAAGGUUCAUAAAUUAGCAGACUAUGCCAGUGCAAUAUUAAGCCCAAGUCAGCUUAAACGUACACACCAAGGAGGACAACCUUUGGCAAUUAAACGACAGAGAAAGACACCACAUGCCCAUGCUAUUCCUCCUCCAGGUGUGGAUCAGUGUAUCAGUGCACUAGAGAGGAUCUGGUCAGACAUGACAAUAACCCUGUCACGUCCAAUGGGCAAUUGUGCAGUGCUACAGAUAGCCCUAUCCCGCACUUUGCGAGCUCUCAUUGUACUGCGUGGCCUGCUCAUUGAAUCUGUCAUUGUAAAGGCAUACUCGGAGGAUUUUCUCACUACAGAUGGGAAGGUAGAUCUGUGGUCACGCUCCAGGUAUCAGGUGUUCAACAAGGUGACAGAUAUGGUUACUGCUGCCACCCUGCACUUCUGUCAUCCCCAGAUGCCGGACCUUAGUCUUCGAUCUUUCUUGCUCUGGUUUAACAGUUAUAAGACUCUAUUCUCUGCACCUUGUCAAAAAUGUGGAAAACACCUUCAGGGGGCCUUUCCUCCAGUGUGGAGGGAACUUCGCACAGCCACACCCCAGCAUGAUGGUUGUCGGCAGACAUAGCAGGACUCAUGAAUUCAGCAAUGCAAGACAAUAUCAAACUUGUGUUUUUAACGGGAGAAUGGAAUCAGUCACUAGUGUGAAAUACUAAGGUUCAGUUGACAUUGUUGAAAAUACAUGCAGAAUAACAAAAUCAAUGUAAUCAAUGUUUAUAAGAGUGACUACAACAAGCGCAUUUUACAGCUAAAGGCUAUGGCUGUUUUCCACUGGGCAACAACUAAGAUGUGUUUUGAUGUACAUCUGAUGUGAAGGUGUUGUAGAAAUACCAUGAAAGUGUUUUGCUGUACAUCUGAUGUGAAGGUGUUGUAGAGGUACCAUGAAAGUGUUUUGCUGUACAUCUGAUGUGAAGGUGUUGUAGAAGUACUAAGGAAGUGUUUUGCUGUACAUCUGAUGUGAAGGUGUUGUAGAAGUACUAAGGAAGUGUUUUGCUGUACAUCUGAUGUGAAGGUGUUGUAGAAGUACUAAGGAAGUGUUUUGUUGUACAUCUGAUGUGAAGGUGUUGUAGAAGUACUAAGGAAGUGUUUUGCUGUACAUCGAUGUGAAGGUGUUGUAGAAGUACUAAGGAAGUGUUUUGCUGUACAUCUGAUGUGAAGGUGUUGUAGAAGUACUAAGAAAGUGUUUUGCUGUACAUCUGAUGUGAAGGUGUUGUAGAAGUACUAAGGAAGUGUUUUGUUGUACAUCUGAUGUGAAGGUGUUGUAGAAGUACUAAGGAAGUGUUUUGCUGUACAUCGAUGUGAAGGUGUUGUAGAAGUACUAAGGAAGUGUUUUGCUGUACAUCUGAUGUGAAGGUGUUGUAGAAGUACUAAGGAAGUGUUUUGCUGUACAUCUGAUGUGAAGGUGUUGUAGAAGUACUAAGGAAGUGUUUUGCUGUACAUCUGAUGUGAAGGUGUUGUAGAAGUACUAAGGAAGUGUUUUGUUGUACAUCUGAUGUGAAGGUGUUGUAGAAGUACUAAGGAAGUGUUUUGUUGUACAUCUGAUGUGAAGGUGUUGUAGAAGUACUAAGGAAGUGUUUUGUUGUACAUCUGAUGUGAAAGUGUUGUAGAAGUACUAAGGAAGUGUUUUACUGUACAUCUGAUGUGAAGGUGUUGUAGAAGUACUAAGGAAGUGUUUUGCUGUACAUCUGAUGUGAAGGUGUUGUAGAGGUACCAUGAAAGUGUUUUGCUGUACAUCUGAUGUGAAGGUGUUGUAGAAGUACUAAGGAAGUGUUUUGCUGUACAUCUGAUGUGAAGGUGUUGUAGAAGUACUAAGGAAGUGUUUUGUUGUACAUCUGAUGUGAAGGUGUUGUAGAAGUACUAAGGAAGUGUUUUGUUGUACAUCUGAUGUGAAGGUGUUGUAGAAGUACUAAGGAAGUGUUUUGCUGUACAUCUGAUGUGAAGGUGUUGUAGAAAUACUAAGGAAGUGUUUUGCUGUACAUCUGAUGUGAAGGUGUUGUAGAAGUACUAAGGAAGUGUUUUGCUGUACAUCUGAUGUGAAGGUGUUGUAGAAGUACCAUGAACCAUCUCAUUCCUAUUUAUAUGUUGUUAUCUCUUUUCCUGGCAAUGGUGACAUUACACUGUUGUUAGAAAAUAAAAAUCUCCUCUCGGCCUUAGGAUGUGGCAUGAAUUCUAGUAAAGGUCUAUCCCACAUGGGUGCACUCAGUGGCUUUUGCUAGUAUGAUCACAAAAAGGAAAAAGCCUUUGACCCAGCUUCUGUCUUUGAUACUGUAGGUAGAAUAUCCCAUAUACUUAUGUGAUUAACUGUCUGGGAUUUUAUUGUGGUUAAUUUAGAAAUGACAUAUAGAUAACUGUAGGAUACAGUUUGUAGAUGUAUCAGAUACAGACUGAGAAGUUCGAUGUUCACUCGUAAUUUAAAGUGUUUUGUUUACAAAGUGCUACAUGUGACCAGCCUUAAUGUAACAAAAAGUAUAUACUCAGGUAAAUCUUAUAUUUUGUGUUUGUUACAUGAGCAACCAAGCCGGUACGAAUCUGGACAUGUCUAGUAUAUACCUGUGUAAAUUUUGUUGCCCGAGGCACCACUACUCGGCACAUUCUGAGGUGUGAAACUCUAUAUGAUAAGACUAACUAAAGCAGGUCCAGUGUUAUUUCAAAAACUGUCAAAUUGAAAAUUACUUUUUUAAUCACCGAUCAAUUUUGAUAUUCCUGUGAUCACUGUUUAGUCAUAACUUCACAAAUUUUCUGUUUAAUUUCCAAUCCAUAAUAUAAGUCAACAAUGUUUACCAAACCACACAAAAUGUGUGAUCCUGUUGCACAGUUGUACACUCGAUACUGUAGAGUGCAUGUGUACACACAAUGUGUGCACAAAGGUUUAAGGGUGUUGUGUGUUACCACAAUUGUAAUAGAAGGAUUCUCUUUGCCCUGGAAAAGUUUAAAGAUAGGCUUCUUUGUGAAUAGACUGAAUGUCACAUCUGUUUACUCUGAAGUGUGAAUGUCACAUCUGUUUACUCUGAAGAGUGAAUGUCACAUGUGUUUACUCUGAAGUGUGAACGUCACAUCUAUUUACUCUGAAGUGUGAAUGUCACAUCUGUUUACUCUGAAGUGUGAACGUCACAUGUGUUUACUCUGAAGUGUGAAUGUCACAUGUGUUUACUCUGAAGUUUGAAUGUCACAUGUGUUUACUCUGAAGUUUGAAUGUCACAUCUGUUUACUCUGAAGUGUGAAUGUCACAUGUGUUUACUCUGAAGUGUGAAUGUCACAUCUGUUUACUCUGAAGUGUGAAUGUCACAUGUGUUUACUCUGAAGUGUGAAUGUCACAUGUGUUUACUCAGAAGUGUGAAUGUCACAUGUGUUUACUCUGAAGUGUGAAUGUCACAUCUGUUUACUCAGAAGUGUGAAUGUCUCAUCUGUUUACUCUGAAGUGUGAAUGUCACAUCUGUUUACUCUGAAGUGUGAAUGUCAUAUGUGUUUACUCAGAAGUGUGAAUGUCACAUCUGUUUACUCUGAAGUGUGAAUGUCACAUGUGCUUACUCUGAAUUGUGAAUGUCACAUGUGUUUACUCUGAAGUGUGAAUGUCACAUGUGUUUACUCUGAAGUGUGAAUGUCACAUUUGUUUACUCUGAAGUGUGAAUGUCACAUGUGUUUACUCUGAAGUGUGAAUGUCACAUGUGUUUACUCUGAAGUGUGAAUGUCACAUGUGUUUACUCUGAAGUGUGAAUGUCACAUCUGUUUACUCAGAAGUGUGAACGUCACAUGUGUUUACUCUGAAGUGUAAAUGUCACAUCUGUUUACUCAGAAGUGUGAAUGUCACAUGUGUUUACUCUGAAGUGUGAAUGUCACAUCUGUUUACUCAGAAGUGUGAAUGUCACAUUUGUUCACUGUGAUGUUGGAAUGAGCUGAAAGAAAAUAGUAUAUUUUCUAAUAAGUGACUGUAGCUGUAUGUGUGUAAGAAAGUGUUUUGAAUCAUACAGGUGUAAAAGUGAGUGUUUGUAGACUAUAAAUGAAUGCAAUGAAAACUAAAUAAAGAAAAGAUAAACAACAAAA